AGCACGCUGUACGUGUUGGUAAUGGUCCAGUGCGCCAACCUCUCUUGGGCUGCUUAAGGCUGUGUUACUUGAGCCGUUGGGCUCCCAGGCACACUCCAAUUUCUGGCUAUAAAUAUCAAAACAGUAGCUCUUCCUCCUUCGGCUUUCACAUUCCUAUCGCUACGUACUACAUACUUAACGAUACAGUGAGAUAGAGUAACAUGGACGUUCGCCGGCGUCCCAGCGCAACCUCCGGCGAAGAAGCACUUCUUAAGUUGGGGGAGCCCCUGAAAGUGAAAGCCUCAGAUGCUGAUCUUCCUCUUCCCCUCUACCUGACCAACGGAAUCUUCUUCGCCCUCUUCUUCUCCGUGGCAUACUUCCUCCUCCACAGAUGGCGCGACAAGAUCCGUACUUGCUCUCCACUCCAUGUCUUAACCCUCUCCGAGAUCGCUGCCUUAGUUUCCUUGGUUGCCUCAAUCAUCUAUCUACUUGGUUUCUUUGGCAUUGAUUUCGUUCAGUCCUUCAUUUUCCGCACUUCCCACAACGAUGCUUGUGAGAUCGACGUCCAAGAAGAUGCAACGUCUUGUACCUCUGCUAUUGACUGCUCCAUUGAGUCCAAGCCCCCUCCUCCUGUAAGUCCUCCUAUCCCCCAAGAAGAAGACGAGGAGGAGCAAAUCAUCCAAUCAGUAGUUUCCGGCUCCAUUCCGUCAUAUUCUCUGGAGUCAAAGCUUGGGGAUUGCAAGAAAGCAGCCAUGAUAAGACGAGAGGCAAUGCAGAGGAUGACGGGAAGGUCGCUCCAAGGACUUCCCCUUCAUGGCUUCGAUUAUGACUCCAUACUGGGACAGUGCUGUGAGAUGCCUGUAGGGUACGUGCAGAUCCCGGUGGGGAUAGCUGGGCCGCUGCUGCUUGAUGGAAAGGAAUACUGGGUACCGAUGGCAACCACGGAAGGGUGUCUGGUGGCUAGUACCAAUAGGGGGUGCAAGGCCAUUUACGCAUCAGGCGGUGCCAGCUCGGUCUUGUUCAAGGACGGAAUGACCAGGGCUCCUGUCGUUAGAUUUGCCUCCGCCAAGAGGGCAGCUGACUUGAAGCUCUUCUUGGAGGAUCCUGAAAAUUUCGAUGCUCUUGAUCUUGCUUUCAUCAGGUCGAGCAGAUUUGCUAGAUUACAAGGAGUAAAAUGUGGCAUAGCAGGCAAGAACUUGUACAUAAGGUUCAGCUGCAGCACAGGAGAUGCCAUGGGGAUGAAUAUGGUCUCCAAGGGUGUCCAAAACGUUCUUGAUUUUCUCCAUCACGAUUAUCCCGACAUGGAUGUUAUAGGCGUCUCCGGAAACUUCUGUUCAGAUAAGAAGCCAGCGGCAGUUAACUGGAUAGAAGGACGUGGAAAGUCGGUCGUCUGCGAGGCAGUCAUAAAGGAAGAGGUGUUGAAAAAGGUGCUCAUGACCACCGUUCCUGCCUUGGUGGAACUUAACAUGCUUAAGAACCUCACUGGCUCCGCUAUCGCUGCUGCUCUUGGCGGUUUCAACGCCCAUGCCAGCAAUAUUGUUUCUGCAGUUUACAUAGCUACUGGCCAGGAUCCUGCUCAGAAUGUGGAGAGCUCUCACUGCAUCACCAUGAUGGAAGCUGUCAACGAUAGCAAGGAUCUUCACAUCUCCGUCACUAUGCCUUCCAUUGAGGUUGGCACGGUGGGAGGUGGCACCCAUUUAGCAUCUCAGUCAGCUUGCCUCAACUUACUUGGGGUUAAAGGUGCCAGCAAAGAAUGCCCGGGCUCAAACUCAAGGCUCCUGGCCACCAUCGUAGCCGGUUCAGUCCUAGCUGGAGAGCUCUCACUCAUGUCUGCCCUUGCAGCUGGGCAGCUGGUGAAGAGCCACAUGAAAUACAACAGGUCCAGCAAAGAUAUCUCCGAGAUGGCUUCCCAACAACUGUCCCUAAGAUAGGCUCCGAACUAACCUUACAGAAGAAGAAUAAAAGACGAAAAUAAAAUUAAAAAAAAAAAGGAAAGUGUUGGUGCAUGGAGAGAAAAACAAAGAGCACAUGGAGGUGGGCCGCAUGCCGCAGGUGGCAAGAAAAAGCGUUGGCUACAAAUAUCCAUUAUUUUUCUUUUCUGAUUAGGCAUGUGCCUGAGGCUGGCCGGGUCUGUUUCCGAGGUGCAGAAAAAAAAAAAUACGAGAAGCAAAAAGAGCUGGUGUAAUGCAACUUGAGAAAUUACGAUGAGAGGCCUUCUACUGUUCUACGUCUUCUUCUGCAUGCACUCGCCACUUGUGUGUGCACCGUGGCCAAGGAAAAGCAAACACAAGAACCUUUCAAACUUAUUACUCUAUUCUUCUCCUUACCAACGCCCAUCCAGUAGCCUUCCGUUGAGUCAUGUUUGAAGUUUGUAGCCUUCUGCUGAGUCAUGUUUGAAGUUUACGAUAUGCAAUGUAUUGCAAGCUUUAAUAAGCUUUUCUGUUGUACUGUAGUAUAUAUGGAAGUGCUAGUUUUGUUUUA